AUGUCAAAUUCAUACAUUAAAGAAUCAAACACAUCACAACGAAAACAUACCAACAACCAAAAUCAAGAUACAAUACUGAACCCGACGGAUCUAGAAAAGCCAAAAGAUGAGAUAAGAUUUGAUCCAACAACCACGAAUUCAAAAGAUGAAGAAAUAUUAAAAGAAAUAAUAGUUGAUUCUCUUAUUGAAUCAAAUGAUUUAACAACCGUUUUAUCUUCACAAAUAUCACCAGAAGAAAUCGUAACAAAUUCAGAUAUAGCAAACACGGAUAAUAUAAUUGAACAAAGUCGACAAUUGGAAGAAAAAUCAAAUCAAGAACAAACAAGACAAAUAAUGUGGGCUAAUUUAAUAGAUAUUUUAAAAAAAUCAUCAAUUAAUAUAAUUUUACCAUUUAUUAAUGGAAUGAUGUUAGGAUUUGGAGAAAUUUUAGCUCAUGAAAUUGGAUUUAGAUAUAAUUGGAUUGGCGCUAAAGUUGAACCUGUAAGAAGGUUACAACAAAGAAAAAUUGCAUUAGAAAACCAACAAUUACAACUGCAACAACUGCAACAACUGCAAUUAAAUAGAAUAAAUGGGGCUAGAUUUUUGUAA